AGACGACGCAACAUUCAGAAAUAGGCAAAAUCGCUGUUAAAGGCUCUUCUUCAAAGACCAAAUUCCCGAAAUUUUCUCCUCUGAGGAAUCCAGUAAACACCAUAUACUGUAUGCCAUGAUUCUAGCUUCACUCUACUUCUUCUAGGGUUCGUCUUCUGGAGCUGUUGAGCAAUGCCACUGGCUUACACAUUUCCGGUUCUCCCUUCUUCUUGUCUGCUUUGCGGAAUCUCUAAUCGCGGCACCAGCUUCGUCGUAGAUCGCCCGGAGCUUCAGAUCUCAGGUUGCCUCGUCGUGCGUUCUGAUUCCGGUGAAUUCGUUGCUUCUGGUUUAUCUUUGCGGCAGUUCCAGCGGGAAGGGCGGAGGAGGUUGAACGCUGCGGGUGGUGGUGGUGGUGUCCAUGUCGUGGACAAUGCGCCGUCUCGUACUUCUUCCCUCGCUGCCUCUACCUCCACAAUCGAAAUCCCGGUUACCUGUUACCAGCUUAUUGGAGUUUCUGAUCAAGCUGAGAAAGACGAGGUUGUGAAGUCGGUUCUAAAUUUGAAAAAAGCUGAUGCUGAAGAGGGUUAUACAAUGGAAGCUGCUAUAGCUCGCCAGGAUCUUCUCAUGGAUGUUAGGGAUAAACUCCUUUUUGAACCAGAAUAUGCUGGUAACCUAAAAGAAAAGAUUGCUCCUAGAUCUCCUCUCAGAAUUCCGUGGGCAUGGUUACCUGGUGCUCUAUGCCUUCUUCAAGAGGUUGGACAAGAAAAACUUGUGCUGGAUAUUGGCCGGGCUGCUCUCAGGAACCUUGAUUCGAAGCCAUAUAUUCAUGAUAUAUUCUUAUCUAUGGCACUUGCUGAGUGUGCAAUUGCCAAGGCUGCUUUCGAGGCUAACAAGGUCUCUCUAGGAUUUGAAGCUCUUGCUCGUGCCCAAUGUUUUCUGAAGAGUAAAGUUACCCUUGGGAAACUUGCAUUGUUAACUCAGAUUGAGGAGUCACUGGAGGAGCUUGCACCACCAUGCACAUUGGAUCUACUGGGCCUGCCUCGCACGCCAGAAAAUGCAGAGAGGAGACGAGGUGCAAUUUCAGCACUACGCGAACUGCUCAGACAGGGCUUAAGUGUUGAAGCUUCAUGUCAAAUCCAAGACUGGCCAUGCUUUUUGAGUCAGGCAAUUAGCAGGUUAUUGGCUACAGAGAUUGUUGAUCUUCUUCCAUGGGAUGACUUAGCCAUAACACGGAAAAAUAAAAAAUCACUUGAAUCCCACAAUCAAAGAGUGGUAAUUGAUUUUAGCUGCUUCUACAUGGUGUUGCUUGCUCAUAUCGCUGUUGGAUUUUCAGGCAAGCAAAAUGAUACGAUUAAUAAAGCAAAAAUUAUAUGCGAAUGUCUCAUAACAUCAGAAGGUGUUGAUCUGAAAUUUGAGGAAGCUUUUUGCUCAUUUCUUUUAAAACAGGGUUCCGAGGCAGAAGCCCUUGAAAAACUUAAGCAGCUGGAAUCAAAUUCAGAUUCUGCCGUCCGUAAUUCAAUCCUGGGGAAGGAGUCGAGAAGUGCUUCUGCUACUCCAUCAUUGGAAGCUUGGCUAACGGAGUCUGUGCUUGCUAACUUUCCAGACACAAGGGGUUGUUCUCCAUCUUUGGCCAAUUUUUUUCGGGCUGAAAAGAAAUAUCCAGAGAACAAGAAAAUAGGAUCACCUUUGAUCAUUAAUCACAAGACGAACCAAAGACCACUUUCCAAUACGCAGUUUGUGAAUUCGUCACAACAUCUUUAUACAGCUGUCGAGCAGUUGACUCCAUCAGAAUUGCAGAGCCCAGUUAUAUCAGCAACAAAUAUUGAUGAAAGCGGUGCCAGUAUGCCAUCAGUCCAACUUAAGAGGAACCUUGGUGUAAAACAAAAUAAAAUAUGGGAUGAUUGGCUCACUCAAAGUAGUCUGAUCGGAAGGGUAUCUGUUGCUGCUUUAUUGGGUUGCACUGUGUUCUUCUCUCUAAAACUAAUAGGCAUUAGGCCUGGUAGACUACAGAGUCCGCCUAUAUGGGUUUCUGCAAGGCCGCAUUCAGAAUCAGAUUCUAUCCUGUCUAAAACAGCGUCUGGGAGUUUCAGAAGAAACCUUGGUUCUGUGAAUAGAAAUGGUAUCGUAGGCAACAUCAAAGUGCUCUUCAACAUGUUAAAGAUGAAUCAUGGUGAACAUUCAGAUGCCUUGUAUCUGAAAAGCUCUGGUCUAUCAGCUACAUCAUUGUCUCAUUCCGCAUCAGAAGUGCAUAAGAGACCUAUGGUUACAGAAGACGCCGAAGAGCUUGUGAGACAGUGGGAAAAUAUUAAGGCUGAAGCUCUUGGACCAACGCACCAAGUUUAUAGCCUAUCCGAAGUCCUUGAUGGAUCUAUGCUUGUCCAGUGGCAAACGUUGGCAGAAACAGCAAAAGCUAAAUCUUGUUAUUGGAGAUUCGUUUUGCUGCAUCUAGAGAUUUUGAGAGCACACAUUUUCGAAGAUGGUAUCGCCGGUGAGACUGCAGAAAUCGAGGCCCUUCUGGAGGAAGCAGCAGAAUUAGUUGAUGAAUCGCAGCCCCAAAACGCAAAAUAUUACAGCACUUACAAGAUCCGCUAUACGCUGAAGAAGCAAGAAGAUGGAUCAUGGAAAUUCUGCGAAAGUGAUAUUCAAAUACAGAAAUGACAAUACCCCUCCCCAAAAAAGCUCAUUAUCUAACUAUAAGUUGUAGCCUCAACUGGGAUCAUUUUAACCUUUGUUCUGGUUUAGUUGACAGUAUAGGAAAGUCGUAGGUUUGUUUCUUUAUUCCUUAGCAACCCAAAGCCCAAAGGAUUUGUCUUCGUAGGUUCAUUUGAUUUGAAUGUGUUUGUGGAUAGACAGACACUUUUUCAGUUUUCUAAUGUAAAAAGCGUUACCGCUCAAAUCAUAUGUUUUCUUUAAAAAUAUUUUUUAAAAUUAUUAAUCUGAAAGUAAUUGUUAA